CCACUCGGCUGUAUUUUGCAGUGACGCACUUCCAAAAUGGCGUCCAAACAGGAGCCGGUGUAUCAGAUCUUCUCCUUCCAGGACCUUAAGACGUCUCCGGACCCGGUUUAUGAGCUCCCGGUCCGGUGUGCGACCCCUGCAGCGGUCCCGUUAGUGAUAGAUAACGGCUCGUUCCAGACCCGGGCCGGCUGGGCGGCUCCAGUGGAUCCGGACUGUGAGUCUCCUCGGCUGGUCUUCAGGUCGGUGGCGGCUCGGAGCAGAGGAGCCGCCCGCAGCGAGACUCAGAUCGGUAACGACAUCCCGAACCUGGAGCCGCUGCGCUGGCUGCUGAAGAGCCAGUUCGACCGCAACGUGGUGGUCAACUUCGAGAUCCAGGAGCUCAUGUUCGACCACGUGUUCACUCACCUGGGGUUAGGCGCCGAGGGCGGUGUGGAACACCCCGUCGUGCUGACAGAGGCGCCCUGCAACCCGCUGCACUGUCGUCAGAUGAUGUCAGAGCUGCUGUUUGAGUGCUACGGCGUCCCGCACGUCUCCUACGGCGUGGACAGCUUGUACAGUUUCUACCACAAUAGCACUCAAAGGAACCUCCAGCCACCGCACACCGGCAUCGUUCUGUCCUCAGGAUACCACUGUUCACACAUCCUACCGGUCAUCAACGGCAGGUUUGAUGCGGUGAACUGUAAGCGCGUGAACGUGGCUGGCAGUCAGGCAGCGUCCUACCUGCAGCGCCUCCUGCAGCUGAAAUACCCAGGUCACCUCGCCGCCAUCACACUCAGCCGCGUGGAGGAGCUGCUCCAUGAACACAGCUACACUGCGGUGGAUUACCAUGAAGAGCUGGAAAAGUGGCGCAGCCCAGAGUUUUAUGAGCGGGAGGUUCACCGUAUGCAGCUUCCCUUCUCGGGUAAGGUGCCGGGCGGCUGCGUGAGCGUGGAGGAGCGGCAGGAGAGACGAGCUCAGCAGCUUCGACGGCUCCAGGAGAUUAACGCCCGCCGCCGGGAGGAGAAGCUGCUGCAGGACCAAGAGAGGCUGGACAGACUCCUGGGAGUACAGGAGCUGCUGGAGGACGGCCUGUUGGAUCACUUUCAUAAGAGCCUGGUGGAGCUCAACAUGGACUCGGCCGAGGAGCUGCAGUCGUACAUCAACAAGCUGCAGCUGGCUGUGGAGCAGGGACGACAGAAACUGCUGCACAGCGAUGGAGCGGAGGGAAAGACUGAGGUGUCUGAGCUGGAGCAGCCGAUGGACGAGGGAGACGGAGUGGCGCUGAUGGAUCCUGACUUCCCUGAGGACACGCUGCCAGAAAAACCUGCUAAUGUGGUUCAGCCCGUGUUCAACAUGGCGGAGUACCACCAGCUGUUUGUAGGGACGGAGCGUCUGCGGUGUCCAGAGGUUCUGUUCCAGCCCUCGCCGACCGGAGAGGACCAGAUGGGACUGAUGGAGACGCUGCAGUACGUCCUGGCCAGGUACACACCAGAGCAGCAGGAGGCGCUGGUGAGCAACGUGUUUCUGACAGGAGGAAACAUGCAGUACCCCGGGAUGAAGGAGAGAGUGGAGAGAGAACUGCUGGCUAUGAGGCCCUUCCAGUCACACUUCAAGGUGACGAUGGCAUCACAACCGGCCCUGGACGCCUGGUACGGGGCGAGAGACUGGGCCUUGGAGCAUCCACCCGGUGGAGAGGGAGGGGCGGCAGAGGGAUGGAUCAGCCGUCAGGAGUACGAGGAGAAAGGAGGCGAGUACCUGAGCGAGCACUGUUCCUCUAACGUCUUCGUUCCCAUGAAAAUCGUCAAACCAGUUCCUGCUCGCCCCGCCGAGCCCUCCGUUACCACACUGACAUCAACUGGAGCCUCUGCUGUCAUCACCACGGUUACGUCUGCCCUGAGUCCCUCCUGUCCUGCUGUUGGUGCUGAUGUUACUGUGGUUACCUCCUAAACUGCGAUCGCCGUUAUCGUGAUAUUGUGACCUCUAAUGUUUCCCAGAAUGCCUUUCAACAACCUCCAAAGAGCAGGUGUGAACUUGAAACACUCAAUCAAAGGUAAAGAGGACUUUGCUCUUUGAUUCUGAGUGUCUAAAAACGAUAAAGGUAGAUAAAUGUUGUUUAUCGUUGAUGAUUCAGAUCGGUGGUCCAGCUCAAACAUGAUUGUAACUGCAAAUAAUAUUAUCUCAUUGUGGUCUG